AUGGCGACCGACACGACCUUCCAAGCAGACGAGGAGAAAGCUCGCUCUAACGGCUUACGUCUCGCUACAGAUCCAUCAUGCCUGCAACGUCGACCGCCAGCGACCACCGAGUCUGGCUCCGAAUCCUCUAGCUCGCACAACAGUACCAAUUCGUUUCUGAAACCUGCCGCGGCCAGGCCAUUCGCAACGGUCUCAGUACCGAUUGCCACAGGGGUUACAGCUGUUGAUCACGAUGCAUAUACUCCAGCCGCUUCGAAUUCGACAUUGGAUCUGCUCGCCAAGCAUCGAUCAGUUCAGAUGAUCGCUUGGCUGUACGACUAUACCGGUGGACCAGAGGAUGACGAUUGGCUGCACGAGCCCGGGGUGGAACGGAAGCGCAGCUUGGCACACCUCGCUUUUGGUUGGUGCAACAUCAGCGUUCGAGGCAUCUGCAAUGUGGGUUCGCUGCUGUUACUUUCGUCUUGCCUACUGAUGCUGUUCGCUGGCUAUCCUGUGUUGUAUCUUUUUCUUUCUCGGAAUCCGGAUCAGAAGGCCACUUCGUUCUUCGGUCUGGGUGGAACGAAUGGUAGCGGUCAGGUUCCCGCUUUGCCGUUGUUCUCGCUUGUGGAUUCCGAUACACCGUUCGACGCGUAUGCGUGGACUAACCCACUGGAUCGAGUUGGCUACCACUUGGUGUUCAGCGACGAAUUCGAAACGGCCGGUCGGACGUUCUGGCCCGGCGAUGACCCGUUCUGGGAAGCGAUGGAUCUGCACUACUGGGUUACGGGCGAUUUCGAAUGGUACUCUCCGGAAGCGGUCAAUACUUCGAACGGAUUUCUAAACGUGUGGAUGCAGGAAGAAGCGACGCACAAUCUCAACUUUCGAUCGGGGAUGCUGCAAAGUUGGAACAAGUUUUGUUUCCAAGGUGGCUAUGUUGAGGUGAGUGUGAUCCUACCUGGAGCGCACGAUACUGAGGGGUUCUGGCCGGCGAUCUGGCUGUUGGGCAAUCUCGGGCGCGCAGGCUAUGCAGGUACAACGCAAGGCAUGUGGCCGUAUUCGUACUCGAGCUGCGACGUAGGUACGCUAGCCAACCAGACGAAUGCGCAGAAAACCGCGCCUGCUGCAGCGAUCAACGCGCACGGACUGUACAGUUCGAGCUACGACCACAAACUGAGUUUCCUGGAAGGCCAACGGUGUUCCGCCUGUACUUGCGAUGGAGAAGACCAUCCGGGACCCAACGUGGGCGUCGGACGAAGCAGCCCGGAGAUCGACAUUUUUGAGAUUCAGGUCAACGGUGCACACGGUGCAGCUUCACAGUCGUUCCAGAUCGCGCCUUUCGAUGCAAACUACACGUGGGACCAAUCACCAAAAGUGGCGCAACUGCAUGGACAAGAUACGAUGUUCAACUCAUACACGGGUGGAGUGUAUCAGGAAGCCGUGUCAGCAGUGGCCAAGAUCCCCGAUACAGCGUUUGCGUCGUCCGGCGGCGUACCGGUGACGAUGGGCGUCCAGUACGAUCCCGACUGGACCGGCGAUGGCACCGGAUCCAUCACGUGGUUUCUAAACGGCAAACCCACUUGGACGCUCUCUGGUCACUCGUUAAAAGCCAACCGGUAUACAGAGAUCGGUCAGAGGAUCAUCCCGACCGAACCGAUGACUCUCGUCAUCAACUUGGCGCUAUCCGAUGGAUUCCAAAAGGUGAAAUGGGACCAAGUCGAAUUUCCAGCUGUGAUGAAGGUCGAUUAUGUAAGGGUCUAUCAGAAGGAUGGUCAGGAGGACAGAAUCUCUUGCGACCCGGACGACCACCCGACCUCAAAGUAUAUACACGACCAUCUAGAUGUGUAUAUGAAUCCGAACUUGACCGUCUGGGACCAGGCAAAGUAUCCUUGGCCCAAGAAUAGCUUCCUCGGACAAUGCUGA